UCGAUCACUUCAAAGCUUCCUCCAUUCCUAGAGAGGGCAAUUGAGUUGCUGAUUAUUUUGCUAAUAUGGCUUGUUCGGCAUCCAAACGGUGGACUUAUGAUUUCCCCUUUAUGUGUUGCAUCUUGAUGUUGUGGACACAAGCCCUUCUCUUUACCAAAAAAAAAAAAAAAUUUAAUCAUCCAACAGGUGAAGGGAGUUUGCUGUUCGCCAAGAGUAUAGUCUUCCUAGGAAGAUGGGAGGAGGAAAAGUGAAAAACGGCUGGAUCGUUAAAAGAGUAACAUGAAAAGGGAGGCUUUGAGGUUCUGUUUGCCAAGAAAGGCACCUCAACGGCCCUCUGUCUUCAUACGCGCAGCGCACGUGCCGACUACAGGCGGAAACUUAUAAAACGGAGGCCCGGAAGCGACACUCGCCGCAUCCCCGGGCAGAUCAUGUCGUCUCUCUCCUCCCCCUCAUCUCUCUUCCCGUCUCCCCUGCUCCAGCGCCCUCUCCUCUUCUCGCCCUCUUCUUCCCUCCGGCCCCUCUCCACCGCGAUUCCAAAGCCCUCCUCUCCUCCGCCCUCGGCCCCUGUCGGAGCUCGACUUUCUCGCCGGAGCCGCGGCAGAACCAUCACUUCUUGCUUCCCCGUGCCUGCCGCGAUGGAAAGAACUGCCAUCGCCGAGAGCUCUCUUUCUCAGGAAACUCUAUCAUAUGCAAGGGCUUACUGGGUUUCCAGAAUUUUGAUUGCUUGGAAUAUCAAUUAUGAUGAUGAUGCUUAUGUUUAUCUCUAUGCUAGUAGAAAGGCAAGCAUAUCGCUCACAGAGGAGGGUAUUGAAGGUGGGUAUGAUGUGAAAAUUUUGCUUGAACCAGAAUAUUAUGGGCUUCCAGCAAAUGUAACCGAGAAGUUUCCUCAUAUUGUAAACUAUAGUGCUUUCAAGAUUUCUGAAUCUGUGGAUUUUGAAAACCUUCUCAAAUGCCAGUUAGCAAUUGCCUUCUAUGUUGAUGGGAAAUGCAAGAAUGCUACUGGUCUGCAGUUGCCUGGUGUGUUAGAUGACUUAUUUGCAUACAAUGGCCCACUUGGAGCUGUGUUUAGUAAGGAAGCUGUUACACUUCAUCUUUGGGCUCCUACAGCUCAAGAGGUGAGUGUAUGCAUCUACAAGGAGCCAUCAGGUGGGGAACCAUUGGAGAGUGUUCAACUUGAGGAGUUUGGUGGUGUCUGGAGUGCUGUUGGACCAAAAAGUUGGGAAGGUUGUUAUUAUGUUUAUGAAGUUUCAGUCUACCAUCCGAGCACUUCACAAAUUGAGAAAUGCACAGUAACGGAUCCUUACGCUAGAGGACUUUCAUCAAAUGGGAAGAGGACAUGGUUGAUAAAUCUUGACAGUGAAAAUUUAAAACCAGAGGGCUGGGAUAAAUUGGCAGAUGAAAAGCCAGACCUUCUUUCAUUUUCAGACAUCAGUAUCUAUGAGCUGCACAUUAGGGAUUUCAGUGCCAGUGACCACACUGUGAAUUGUGAUAUUCAAGGAGGUUAUCUUGCUUUUACUUCUCAGGAAUCAGCUGGUAUAUGCCAUCUUAAGAAAUUGUCGAAUGCUGGCUUGACUCAUGUACAUCUGCUUCCAAGCUUUCAUUUUGCUGGUGUUGAUGAUGAUAAAAGUAAUUGGAAAUAUCUUGAUGAUGGAGAGAUGGCUAAGUUGCCCGCAGAUUCUGAUAAACAACAAGCUGAAGUUAUAGGCAUCCAAAAUGAAGAUGGCUAUAAUUGGGGAUACAAUCCUGUGCUCUGGGGAGUUCCAAAGGGAAGCUAUGCUGGCAACCCGAACGGACCAAGUCGCAUUCUUGAAUUUCGAAAGAUGAUUCAGGCGGUCAAUCGAAUUGGUCUUCGUGUUGUGUUGGAUGUUGUCUACAAUCAUUUGGCUUCAAGCGGCCCCUUAAAUGAGAACUCUGUUCUUGAUAAGGUUGUUCCUGGAUACUAUCUUCGUAGGAAUACUGAUGGAGCCAUCGAGAAUAGUGCUUGCAUGAAUAAUACAGCUAGCGAGCACUUUAUGGUUGAGCGUUUAAUUCUCGAUGAUCUCCUAAAUUGGGCGGUGGUUUAUAAGGUUGAUGGUUUCCGGUUUGAUCUGAUGGGACACAUCAUGAAGAGCACCAUGGUGAAGGCAAGAUCUACUCUUCAAAGCUUAUCAAAAGAUAAAGAUGGAGUGGAUGGACCAAAAAUCUACAUAUAUGGUGAAGGAUGGGACUUUGGUGAGAUUGCAAAAAACAAACGUGGGAUAAAUGCAUCACAAUUUAAUAUCUCUGGAACAGGCAUUGGGAGUUUCAAUGAUCGAAUGCGAGAUGCAGUUCUUGGUGGAUCACCAUUUGGUCAUCCACUUCAACAAGGCUUUGUUACAGGUCUAUCUUUGGAGCCUAAUGGGUAUGAUCACGGUGAUAAAUCUGUCACAGACAGAAUGCUUUCAUCAUCAGCAGACCAUAUACAGGUUGGAUUAGCAGCUAAUUUGAGAGACUUUGUUCUUACAAAUCAUGAAGGAAAAGCUAUGAAAGGAUCCGAAGUUUUGACUCAUGAUGGAGUGCCAGUUGGAUAUGCUUUAAGCCCCACGGAAACAGUCAACUAUGUGUCUGCACAUGACAAUGAAACUUUGUUCGACAUAGUCAGUUUGAAGACUGUACUGGAACUCUGUGUAGAUGACAGAUGUAGGAUGAAUCAUUUAGCCUCCAGUCUUGUAGCUCUUUCACAGGGAAUACCAUUUUUCCAUUCUGGCGAUGAAUUGUUGCGGUCAAAAUCCCUUGAUCGUGACUCAUAUAACUCUGGUGAUUGGUUCAACAGGCUUGACUUUAGUUAUGAAUCAAACAACUGGGGUGUUGGACUUCCUCCAAGAGAAAAGAAUGAAAAGAAUUGGCCUCUGAUUAAGCCACGGUUAGCAAAUCCAUCCUUCAAGCCUCAUAAACAUCACAUUCUUGCUGCAGUUGACAAUUUUGUAGAUCUUUUGAAGAUUAGAUACUCUUCACCUCUUUUCCGUCUGAGGACAGCCAAUGCCAUUCAGGAAAGAGUCCGCUUUCAUAAUACAGGGCCCUCAUGGGUCCCGGGAGCCAUUGUUAUGAGUGUUGAAGAUGGACAUGAAGGAAGACCUGGCAUGGCUCAGCUAGAUCCAAUCUAUUCGUAUAUUGUUAUUGUCUUCAAUGCAUGCCCCACUGAAAUCUCAUUACAAAUUCCUGCAUUGAAAUCAAGAAUGCUUCAGUUGCAUCCUGUGCAGUUGAAAUUAGCAGAUGAACUAGUUAAAGAAUCAUCAUACAAGGCUGCAUCCGGAUGUUUCACUAUUCCUCGGAGAACAACGUCAGUCUUUGUUGAAGUUAGGGGUGCUUGAGCAUGCCUUGUAUCUUUUGCUUUCAUAAGGGUGCAAAAGCUGUUGGGAUAUUGGUCACUGUUUUAGAUGCAGUAGUAACAUGUCUGAAGUUUGUCAUAGAAGAAAUUGAGAUUGAGUUUGGAAAUAUACAAGGCUGAUGGAAAUAAAAAUGCCUUGUGCAACCUUUAUGAAUGUGAUGCUAUUGGUGUGAACGUUUCAUUUUUUUUUUGAUCAAUAUGUCCAUAUUACUGGAAGAAAAUUUUUUUGUAAUUGAUGGUUCCGUUGUUAGCUUCCACAAA